AUGACAACUCCUGUCGUCAGCGUCCCAUCCCUUCAAGAGGCGAAGGAUGUAAUCUCGAAGUCCAGAAACUCUGCAUUUCCUCCGAACCUCCUUCCUGUCACUGCGACGAUCUCCGCCGAUCUUUUGACCCCGACUUUAGCAUACCUGAAGAUUGCUGAAAACUCGCGGCUAUCAUUCUUAUAUGAAAGCGCUGCCACCACAGAGACCAUUGGACGUUACAGCUUUGUCGGCGCAGACCCCAGAAAAGUCAUCAAAACCGGCGAGGGCCAUGGCCCAGCAGCGGAUCCCCUCCCAUACCUCGAAGAAGAGCUCUCUCAAUACCGCGUCGCAACAGUUCCCGGAUUGGUUCUGCCACCAUUGACUGCCGGAGCCAUCGGAUAUGUUGGGUACGACUGCGUCAGAUACUUCGAACCCAAGACCGCGCGGCCCAUGAAGGAUGUUCUCGGGGUACCUGAGUCUUUCUUCAUGCUGUUUGAUACCAUCAUCGCAUUUGAUCACUUCUUCCAGGUCGUCAAGGUCAUUACUUACGUACCUAUCCCCUCGGCGGAUGCCGACAUCGAGGCCUCAUACCUCAAGGGCCAAGAAACCAUUCAAAAAACCAUCGACACACUACUCCAGGAGCGCACACCGUUCCCACCCCAGGGUCCCAUCAUCCCCAACCAGGAAUACACCUCCAACAUUGGACAAGAGGGUUAUGAAGGCCAUGUCCACCGAUUGAAGCAGCACAUUGCCAAGGGUGAUAUCUUCCAAACCGUGCCAUCACAGCGACUCUCCCGGCCUACCUCUCUCCACCCUUACAACCUCUUCCGCCACCUUCGUACCGUCAACCCCUCCCCUUAUCUAUUCUAUAUCGAUUGCCAAGACUUCCAGCUGGUUGGAGCUAGCCCCGAGCUUCUAGUGAAGGAAGAGAACGGCCGAAUUAUUAGUCACCCCAUUGCCGGCACAGUCAAGCGUGGCAAGACCCCAGAGGAAGACCUCGCACUGGCCGAUGAACUCCGCAGCAGUCUCAAGGACCGCGCAGAGCACGUCAUGCUGGUCGAUCUUGCCCGCAACGACGUCAACCGCGUCUGCGACCCCACCACCACACAGGUCGACCGACUCAUGGUCGUGGAGAAGUUCUCACACGUCCAGCACCUGGUGUCUCAGGUUUCCGGCGUCCUGCGCCCGGAUAUGACCCGCUUCGACGCCUUCCGGUCUAUCUUCCCUGCCGGUACCGUGUCCGGUGCCCCCAAGGUGCGGGCGAUGUCGCUCAUCGCUGAACUCGAAGGCGAGAAGCGCGGUGUGUACGCCGGCGCUGUUGGAUACUUCGGCUACAACAGCGCCAACUCAGACGGUACUGCUGAGAUGCCCGGUGCCAUGGACACCUGCAUUGCUCUGCGGACUAUGAUGGUCAAGGAUGGCAUUGCUUACCUCCAAGCUGGAGGUGGUAUUGUCUUUGACUCGGAUCCUUAUGAUGAGUACAUGGAGACCAUCAACAAGCUCGGUGCUAACAUUGCUUGUAUCAAGGGUGCUGAGGCGAAAUACCUCAGCAUGGAAAAGCAAUAA